GGGAGGCUGAGGCCUAGGUGGGUACAGAGGCUCUUGAAUCGCUUUCUUUUCUUGUAAAUGCUGGAUCGUUGACUUUUGGCCAUUUGGGUUCCAUGAACACAGGGAACCAUGAUAUCUCAGAGUAGCUGAGGCAGAAGGACAUUCCAGAGGCACCCAAGUCCCAUGCUCAGCGUUUAGUUUCCUGGGGGCUUUUGGUACACAUUUUCUCUGAAUCCUGAGGACCCGGCAUCAGAUGGGUGGGCCAUUUGAUUACAGGUUUUUUUUUCUUUCUUUUUUUUUUUUUCGACGGAGGUUACUCUUGUUGCCCAGGCUGGAGUGCAGUGGCACGAUCUCGGCUCACCGCAACCUCUGCCUCCCAGGUUCAAGCGAUUCUCCUGCCUCAGUCUCCCGAGUAGCUGGGAUUACAGGCAUACACCACCAUGCCCAGCUAGUUUUGUAUUUUUAGUAGAGAUGGGGGUUUCUCUGUGUUGAUCAGGCUGGUCUCCAACUCCUGACCUCAGGUGAUCCACCCACCUCGGCCUCCCAAAGUGCUGGGAUUACAGGCGUGAGCUGCCGCGCCUGGCUGAUUGCAGUUUUAAAGGGCCCCAAAGAACAUUGUCUCUGCUUGCCAUUUAUAGUCGUAUUCCUUUGAAAAGUGAAUGCUGUUUACCUUCAAUGUCCUCCCAUUAAUAUGCCGUAUAUUUAAGUUGUUUUCAGCCUUAUUGGCAGCUUGGCUUAAUGACAGGAGCUCCACAGUUGCCCCAGCACUUAAGAGUUAUAUACCCCCACUUUCCACAGUGUAUGAAGUGGAGGUACUUGCCCUGUGCCUUGUUUUUAUUUUAUUAAUCAAUUCAUUCAACAGCUUAUUUUUUGAGCGCCAGUGUGUGCCAAGCACUGUUCUAGGUACUAGAAAUACAAUGGUGAAUGGGUCAGGCAAUGGUCCUGUUUUCAUUCAUUCAGAGUUUGGUCCUUGUUAGAAUCCUCUGGGAUAUGGGACAAGAAUACAGGGAAGCUGGGUGAUAUUGGAUGGAAGGAAGGAGGGAGAAAAGAAAGAUAGCCAGUGUUCACUGACUCCACAAUUCUGCCCUCAUCCACUAGCCCUGAGUCUGGGAAUCACAGGCUAGAAGUUUCUCACCCUUCAUCUGGUAUUUAAUUGCUUCAAAGCUCCAACCCCCACCAUCCCACCCAUCACAGAAAUCCAACUUUCCUCAGGUGGACAGAGGUGCAGUUUCCUCAGUCAGCACUCACAUGCCUGAAAGAUCAGCUGCCUUUCUGAAUCAGAGGAUAACUUUGUCAUUCUUUUCCAAUUGAAAAAACAUGACUCAUCAAUUGGUACAGCAGUUGGAUGGCUUAAAGCCAGGCUGUGGCUCUGAACAGCCAGUUACACAAUUCAGCCAGUGGAGAGAAGGCCGUGGGGAGUGGCUGAGGAGUCCCUCAAGAGAAGAGGUUGCUGUUCACUGAUGGUGGAGUGUUUUGAGAGUGGUGAAACCAGGUUAUCCCUUUCUUCUUUUAACGUAAGUCUCAUCCAAGUCAUUCUCUUUUUUUGCUUCCUUGAUCUCUGGAGGAAGUGAAAUUGGACAUAUAGAGAAGGCCAGGCAGCAUAAUGCAGGAAACCAACUGGAACUGUUCCUUCCUAACUAUGUUGGAACAUUUAAGAAAGUAUAGCUCUGAGACUUUAGGAGCAUUGGUAGGACCUGGGCUCAGCUGGUUGGGGCUAUAAACCUGACUGGCAGAACUAUUUCUUGUUGGUUUUAGACCUUCUGUAACGAAAUGGAGCUUCCGAGUACCUCUAAAGAAGAAGUAAUAGUUUGCCUGAAUUUGAGCCAAAGACCUGAGGCCUUUUGUUCCAGGGAAAGAUGCAGGAGUUGGGACGAAGAAACCAGAGAGUUCUGUCCCUUACCCAAGGCCAAUUGCUACUGAGCCUCAGUUUUGUCCUCUGUAAAACAGGGAUAAUCACUCUGUCACGGGAUUGCUGUAAGAAUUAAAUGAGGUUAGAGAGGGACAUCGGAGAAGCUUGCUUUCUGCACUCUGGAGAGCUAUGUGAGGGUGAAUGAAUACACAGGGUGGCAGUAGACUUGGUGUGGUUUGGGGCUUCCUAAAUGGCACCAGUCACCUUUCCCCUGCUAAGCUUUCACCAGUCAUGUUCAAGAGCCCUUUGGUACUGUUGCCCAGCUUUGCCUUACUCCCUUCAGGUAGGUCUCCUUGAAGCCACACCUCUCUUCACUUUGGUUCUUUGUGUCAAUGAAGAGCGUUUUGAGGACAGAAAGUGGAACCAGUUCCAUAGGAUGGUAGAUUCAGAAUCUGGGCCACCAGGGUGGGUGACGCAGUGCUGUCCCCACAGUCAAGAGACACAAAGCCUCCUUCCGAUUCCCGCCAUGGGUUCUUAUGUCACUGACCAUCUGAGCCCUGCCUCCCUGAGCAUGAUGGAACAGAUGCGGAUAGGUGGGGUGCUAUGGCUGCCUACAAACAGAGGUGUCCUGCAUUGUGGCCGGAACCCCAGAGACCCAGUCCUAUCUUGUGAAUUUUCAAGUGGCUCUUCUGCUGGAUUUCUCUGAGCUCUUGUCAGUCAUUUUGUGGCAUUUCUGACUCUGUUUUAGGCCAAGUGACCCUUUUCUUGUCUGGCCCUGUCUCUCUUAGCUUCAGUUUAUUAUUAUUAAUUUUUUUUUUUUUUUUGAGAUGGAGUCUCGCUCUGUCGCCCAAGCUGGGGUGCAGUGGCACGAUCUCGGCUCAAUGCAAGCUCUGCCUCCUGGGUCCACGCCAUUCUCCUGCCUCAGCCUCCCGAGUAGCUGGGACUACCACGCCCGGCUAAUUUUUUUGUAUUUUUAGUAGAGAUGGGGUUUCACCAUGUUAGCCAGGAUGGUCUCGAUCUCCUGACCUCGUGAUCCACCCGCCUCGGCCUCCCAAAGUGCUGGGAUUACAGGCGUGAGCCACCGCGCCCAGCCAGCUUCAGUUUAUUAUUUAUUUAUUUAUUUAUUUUGAGACAUAAAUAAUUUAUUUAUUUAUUUAUUCUUGCUUUGCUGCCCCAGCUGGAGUGCAGUGGCACGAUCUCGACUCACUGCAAACUCCGCCUCCUGGGUUCAAGUGGUUCUCCUGCCUCAGCCGGUAUGGUAGCUGGUAUUACAGGCAUGGGCCACCAUGCCCGGCUAAUUUUUGUUUUUUUUUUAAAUUAGAGACAGGGUUUCACCAUGUUGGCCAGGCUGGUCUCAAACUCCUGACCUCAAGUGAUCCUCCUGCCUCAGCCUCCCAAAGUGCUGGGAUUACAGGUGUGGGCCACGGCACUUGGCCUAUUUUGUUUUCUUAGCAUACUGUUACUUGGCCAGAGCACUCACUUACCAAUGGCCUGCUCCUCCCAGUGAAUACUCUGUGAAUACUCUAUUACUCUCAGCUAAUUAGUUAAUGAGGUCUUAAUGGGCCUGGGCUAUAAUUCAAAUUACUGGGUCUAAGUCCUUAGGGUCCCCGCCCUGUAGCUGGUUAAGGGAAGGGCAACUUUGGGGCUUUGGGUUCUGUCUAGAAGGGUGGGCCUGAGGGCCUCAGGCCACUGGAAAUUGUGGAUUGGGAUUGGAGCCCAGGGUUUCGGAGCCAGAGAAGCUGGACGUGGCCUGCUGAGCUGCAAAAGGGUAGCCUUGAUGGAGCCUGACCUCAAGACCAGGCCUGUUUCUGGAAGUGACCCUAGAUGCAGAGUCACUGCAGCAUACAACCCCCUUUUCCUGUCACCCCGUGGCCAGAAUGUGGAACUGGUCUCCGGAGGAGGGCCCUGAGAAUCCCUGGGUAGCUGGGAGCAGACUAUGGUGAAGGGUGAGGCAGUCAGAUGGGGCUGUAGUCAGGACUGAGGGCUCUUCUGGCCAUCUGCAGCACCCGGCCUGUUACUGGGUCUGCAGGAACCAUCCUCCAUACACGCCUGCUUCCUCCUGAGGGGCCUGACUUAGGGAGGUUGGCUCUGGGUCCUAACUCCCUGUGUCCUGUUUGCCCUCUGCUAUCCCCAGAAGCCAGAGAUCCAAUCAGAGCACCUUCCACCAUUUAGGGCCAGCCUGCCUGUCUGCUUUCCAAACCUCAUGCUGCUCCAGGGCUGUCCAGGAAACCUUUCCUGCCACACUGGCCUUAAUGUUCUCCUGCACCCCCUGUUCCCGGCCCCCAGUGAAAGGGUCUUCCCAGACCACCCCUGGAAUCCUAGCUCUGAGGUGAUGGCACUGUUGAUGAAAAAGCCAAACUCUGUUAAAUAUUCGAAGAGGUUUAUUCUGAGCCAAAUGUGAGGGCCAUGACCCAUGACAUAGUCCUGGGAGGUCCUGAGAACAUGUGCCCAAGGUGAUUGGGGUACAGCUUGAUUUUUAUCCAAGUUACAGGCAGAAGUUACAGGCAAAGACAUAAAUUAAUACAUGUAAGGUAUACAUUGGUGGGGACAGGGUAAGGUGGAUGAAAACAUUUCCUGGUUGGCAAUUGGCUGAAAAGGUUAAACUUUGCCUAAAGAGUUAAAGUCAGCAGAAGAAAAGCUUGGGGUUAAGAUAAGGUGGGUUGUGAAAGCCAAGGUUCAUGUUAAGUAGAUGAAGCCUUCAAAAGAAUAGAUGGUAAAUGUCUCUAAGGUGUCAGACUCUUAGUUAAAUCUCCCCUAACUCAGGAAAAGACCUAGAAAGGGAAGGGAAUCUCUGCAGGAUAUAAAUUUUCCCCACAAGAGAUGGCUUUGCAGGGCCAUUCCAAACUAUGUCAAAAAUAUACUUGGGGGUAAGAUACUUUGAUUUCCUUAGGGCCUGUCAUCUCCCAUGUGAUGUUAGACCAGCGUCAGGUUGGAGUUGGUGUCUUAACUGCUGAGAGUCUGUUCUGUCAGUCUUAGGAUUCUGUUUUAAUGUUAACAGAAUCGGUUAUGUCUAAGCUGGUCGGUUGUGUCUAAGCUCCAAAAGGGAAAGGCCAGGAUGAGGCAUGGCCCACGCCCCACUUCCUGUCAUGGCCUGAACUCAGUUUUCAGUUUUUUCGAAAUCCCUUUGGCCAAGAGGGGGUUCAUUCAGGCAGUUGGGGGGCUUAGAAUUUUAUUUUUGGUUUACAGCACUCACUCAGGAGUCCGGUUUUCCUAGGGCUGGGGUUUGCUUCCUCCUGGGGGCUGGUGGUGGAGUCAGGCUGCUUAUCAGCCCUAGGACCUCAGGAACUUCCUUGACCUGGGUCAGCUGCCAUUUCCUUAUCUGUCAAGUGGAGACAAUAAAACAGAACUCCUAGCGCUAUAAAUUAGGCAAUAUAUGUAAAGAGAAUCGAGCCCAUUUAACUUUUCUUGGUUUUGUUAACUUUGUGUGGCGAUUGUUUGAGAGCCGAGACAGCCAUCACCUUUCCCGGUGUUCCCCUGAUGCUCAGCCAGGAGUUGGCUAGAGAUUUGUUUAUGUGUGAAUGUGCCUGCCUGGUCCAGGUCUGUCCAAGUUGCUGUGGUGGGGCCAAGCCAGUCAGCAGUCCCCUCAGGCUCAGGCUGAAGUCCCCACCCCACCCCACCCCACCCCACCCCACCCCACCCCACCCACUCCCAGGAGGAAGCCAGCAGCCCUGAGGGAUUUAACCACUCACUGACUUCAACUCUUCCUGCAUACUCAUUUAGGCGAUGACAUUCUUGGUCUGUAAGUUUAGCUGGCCACAUCCACUGGGAUGACAGAUACCAAGUACAACAUAUCAGGUACAGGUACAUAUCAGGCCCUGUGACAGGCAUUUACAAAUUCUCCAUCUAAGAGGUCUGAGCAUGCCUACCUGGUUAGUGGCAAACUGCGAUGAGACCUCGUGGUCGUCCCGGUUAGAGAAGUCCCCCUGUCUGUGCUGCUCAAGCCAGACCCUCAAAGCCCAAAUGAGGAGCAGAAGUGUAGCAAGGGAGCCCUUUCCUUUUGAAGCCAUUCCAGUUGUACUUUUUACUGCUGAGCUGCCAGACGUUGGACUGGGACAGUAGUGAGGGGUGGGGGCAGGGUGUUGCAGGACCCAGUACCUGAAUGUGAUGUGUAAGCCUGUGAGCCUCUGCUUCCUGGUCCCAGUGGGUUCCUGCCACCUUCAGCUGCAGCCUCCCUCUCGAACCUGCAGCUCCGUAUCUGAAUCAGCGUGUUGUUCCCUGCCUACAGAUUUCGAUCCUACAGGGCCUUGGCUUUCUGGGCAGCAUUUGAUGUGAAGCGCCCUUACCACCCACUCCUUGGGGUGGACCCACCCCUGGCACCCAGGACUCCUUGCCUCCCAAGUACUGAGCCCCCUGGGCUUUCCUUCCUUGUUUCUUUCCUUCAAAUCUAUUAUCAGUUUUUACUUUUGUGUUCUUCAAAGGCCUUUUUGGUUGCAGUUUGAGUAAGAGAGGCUGACCUCCUACUGCUUGCUGGGAAUGGACUCUGGCUGGGGGAAAGUUGCCUGCCCAUUCAUCUGGCUGCCAUCUGUCUCUUCAGGUGUCAUGUGAUUCUCUGAGGGAGCAGCUGCGUGAGUGGAGAUGCUUUCAGUGGUGGAGGAUGGACUGGACCCCCAGGCUGCCAUCCCGGUCAUCAAGAAGAAGCUGGUGGGAUCCGUGAAAGCCUUGCAGAAGCAGUACGUGUCCCUGGACACAGUGGUCACUAGUGAAGACGGAGAUGCCAACACCAUGUGCAGUGCCCUGGAGGCCGUAUUUAUCCAUGGCCUGCACGCCAAGCACAUCCGAGCUGAGGCCGGAGGAAAAAGGAAGAAAAGUGCCCACCAGAAGCCUCUGCCCCAGCCUGUCUUCUGGUCCCUCCUGAAAGCUGUCACUCACAAACACAUCAUCUCAGAGUUGGAGCACCUGACGUUUGUCAACACGGAUGUGGGCCGCUGCCGGGCAUGGCUGCGGCUGGCCCUGAACGACGGCCUGAUGGAGUGCUACCUGAAGCUGCUGCUGCAGGAGCAGGCCCGCCUGCAUGAGUACUACCAGCCCACCGCCCUGCUCCGGGAUGCUGAGGAGGGCGAGUUCCUCCUUAGCUUCCUGCAGGGCCUCACGUCCUUGUCCUUCGAACUCUCCUACAAGUCUGCCAUCUUAAAUGAGUGGACGCUCACCCCACUGGCCCUGUCUGGGCUUUGCCCGCUUUCUGAGCUGGACCCUCUCUCUACCUCUGGUGCAGAACUACAGCGGAAGGAAUCUCUGGAUUCCAUUUCCCAUUCUUCAGGCUCUGAGGACAUCGAAGUCCAUCACUCGGGCCAUAAGAUACGGAGGAACCAGAAGCUAACUGCCUCCUCCCUCAGCCUGGACACGGCCAGUUCAUCCCAGCUGUCCUGCAGCCUAAACUCUGAUAGCUGCUUACUCCAAGAGAAUGGCUCCAAGAGUCCAGACCAUUGCGAGGAACCCAUGUCCUACGACUCAGACCUGGGCACAGCAAAUGCUGAGGACUCAGACCGGUCUCUGCAAGAGGUAUUGUUGGAAUUCAGCAAAGCCCAGGUAAACUCUGUGCCAACCAACGGACUGAGCCAAGAAAUGGAGAUCCCCACACCACAGGCCUCGCUGUCCCUCCAUGGCCUCAACACCAGCACACACCUGCACUGUGAGGCACCUGCAGAGCCCCUUCCUGCCCAGGCAGCCUCUGGAACUCAAGAUGGUGUCCACGUGCAGGAGCCGCAUCCCUGGGCGCCCAGCGCCCUGGACUUACAGCAGCCUGUAGAGAGCACCUCAGGCCAGCAGCCUUCUAGUACUGUCAGCGCGACAGCCAGAGAAAUGGGCCAAGGGAAUGGCCUGCAGAAGGCCCGGGCUCUUGACGGAGCUGGUCUGAAGCUGGUAGUUUCCUCACCCACCAGUCCGAAAAACAAGAGCUGGAUCUCAGAAGAUGACUUCUACCGGCCUUCCCACGAGCAACCCCUGGAGAGUGCUUCAGACCACCCAAUAGCUUCUUCCAGGGGGACUCCAGAGUCAAGGCCUGGUCUCCACAGGCGUUUUUCUCAAGGACCAAGAAAAAACUGCUCCCUAGGGGCGUUAGACCAAGCAUGUGUACCUUCCCCAGGAAGAAGGCAAGCCCAGGCAGCCCCAUCCCAGGGGCAUAAGAGCUUCCGGGUGGUACACCGGAGGCAGAUGGGACUGUCCAACCCAUUCCGGGGUCUCAUGAAGCUGGGCACCGUGGAGCGGCGGGGGGCAAUGGGCAUCUGGAAGGAGCUCUUCUGCGAGCUCUCCCCGCUGGAGUUCCGCCUCUACCUGAGCAACGAGGAGCGCACCUGUGUGGAGAACUGCUCCCUGCUUCGCUGUGAGUCUGUGGGGCCAGCCCAUAGUGACGGGCGCUUUGAGCUGGUCUUCUCUGGCAAGAAGCUGGCCCUGCGCGCCUCCUCCCAGGACGAAGCUGAGGACUGGCUGGACCGGGUGCGGGAGGCCCUGCAGAAGGUCCGGCCUCAGCAGGAGGAUGAGUGGGUGAACGUGCAGUACCCAGACCAGCCUGAGGAACCCCCCGAGGCGCCCCAGGGCUGCCCCUCUCCCUCAGACCUGCUCUUGGAGCCCGCGGCUCUCCAGGUCACACAGUUUGACUGGUCGUCCGCCCAGGUUCCAGAGCCAGAUGCCAUCAAGGAGUCCCUGCUGUACUUGUACAUGGACAGGACCUGGAUGCCCUAUAUAUUUUCUCUGUCCUUGGAGGCUCUAAAAUGUUUCCGCAUCAGGAACAAUGAGAAGAUGCUGAGUGACAGCCACGGCGUGGAGACCAUCCGGGACAUCCUGCCAGACACAAGCCUUGGGGGCCCGUCCUUCUUCAAAAUCAUCACGGCCAAGGCUGUCCUGAAGCUGCAGGCCGGGAACGCCGAGGAGGCCGCCCUGUGGAGGGAUCUGGUCCGCAAAGUCCUGGCAUCCUACUUGGAGACGGCCGAGGAGGCAGUGACCCUAGGUGGGAGCCUGGAUGAAAACUGUCAGGAGGUGCUGAAAUUUGCCACCCGGGAGAACGGCUUCCUGCUGCAGUACCUGGUGGCCAUCCCCAUGGAGAAAGGCCUUGACUCCCAAGGCUGCUUCUGUGCAGGCUGCUCCCGGCAGAUCGGCUUCUCCUUUGUACGACCCAAGCUCUGUGCCUUCUCUGGCCUCUAUUACUGUGACAUCUGCCACCAAGACGAUGCCUCAGUGAUUCCGGCCAGGAUCAUCCACAACUGGGACCUCACCAAGCGCCCGAUCUGCCGGCAGGCCCUGAAGUUUCUGACACAGAUCCGGGCCCAGCCCCUCAUCAACCUGCAGUUGGUGAACGCGUCUCUGUACGAGCAUGUGGAGCGGAUGCACCUCAUUGGGAGGAGCCGGGAGCAGCUGAAGCUCCUGGGGGAUUACCUGGGCCUGUGCCGGAGCGGCGCCCUGAAGGAGCUCAGCAAGAGGCUCAACCACAGGAAUUAUCUCUUGGAGUCUCCACAUAGGUUCAGUGUUGCUGACCUCCAGCAGAUCGCAGACGGGGUGUAUGAAGGAUUCCUCAAGGCCCUGAUUGAAUUUGCCUCCCAGCAUGUCUACCACUGCGACCUGUGCACCCAGCGCGGCUUCAUCUGCCAGAUCUGCCAGCACCACGACAUCAUCUUCCCUUUUGAGUUUGACACCACAGUCAGGUGUGCCGAGUGCAAGACCGUCUUCCACCAGAGCUGCCAGGCUGUGGUGAAGAAGGGCUGCCCCCGCUGUGCCCGCCGGCGCAAGUACCAGGAACAGAACAUUUUUGCCUGAUGCCCACCUGCUGACCCCGCUCUGAAGGCCGGGGGUGAGUGUGGCUCAGCCAUCCCAGCUGGGUUUGCCAUCAGCCCAGGAUACUCACCGUGUCACAGCUCUGUCCCCUUGUCAGGAAGACCCUCAGAUGUGACCAGAGCACCGGCCUCCCAGAGAAAGCCCAGGAAGUCCCCGUGAUGUCCCCGGCCCUCCCCCUACCCCUCUGCUGCAGGAGGCAUGGCCACCACCAGAUGCUCUCUGUCUGGGGUCAGACAGGGCCUUUUACUUACCAGGCCCUGGCUCACCAGCGUCCUGGCACCUCCGUUAGGGCUGCCCAAACACUGUGGAAAGGGGACUUGGGGAGCAUUUUCAAUUCCACAUUCCUGAUUAAAAGGUCUAGUUUUUUAAGGUGGGUUUUUCCCAUUCAUAUUUCAACAGAAAGUAUUUUUUUAUUCUUGACCCUACGUGAGUCACCCAUGAAAUCCAGACAUUCUCACCCCCAGCGGAUGCACAGGAGCCACUCAGGCCUGGCCUAGAGGCAGUGGGUGGCUGGCGGGCAGGCCACUGCUGGGACAGGGCCUGCGGGCCCACCCGGUGCCUUUCCUUGGCCCUCACUGCCAGUGCCAAACCGCCCCCCGGCAGGGCAGGGCCAGUCCUGGUGACCCCACUUCCUGUCUCCUCUUUACUCCCCACCCCAGUGCGUCUCACCUGCUGAGCCCACCCCUUUCUCAGCGUCAGAGCCCCUAGCUCUUCUCUAGCCUGGGGCCUCGGCCCCAUUAAGAGAAGGAGAAAUGACUGGAAACCAGCACUGUCAGCACUUUGAGCCCUCCUCAGUUUAGGGAGGGUCGCCGUCUUGCCCACCCCCGAUCCCCGUGUGCUCCUCACCCCUCUACAGACAGGGCACUGCUGCAGAUGUUCCAGGCCCACCUUGGUGGGUGCCCGGGGUCACACUCUCUGCCUGACUGACCCCUGCCAGUGCACAGAUAGGCAGGACGCCAGAGAGGGCAGGCAGCCGCGCCCUGCACUGUGGAGAAGUGACCCAGUCCUUCGCUCUAAGCUGUGCAGGGCGUGCGGGGGAGCUGCCCUGUGGAUGCAGCCGCCGCCUCACAAAGCCAUGAAUUCCCACAGCAUCAGUGAACUUGCCCAGCCAGGACACGGGAGACUGAAGAACUUCCCCGGAGCAGGACUGCCUUUGAAGGGGCCUUGGGGCUGGGGUGGGAGCCUGGAAUUGUUUUCAAAGUGAUGGUCAGACCCUCCAGGUUUCGGGGAAAUGUGGGUUUGCUGGUCUCUCUGUAGCCUUCUCCCACCUCUUCUGGACCUAGCAGGCCCUCAGUCCUAGCUGUCUUACCUGCGCUCAGCUUGGAGUCUGAGGCCUCAGGUGGAGAUGCGCCUGUCACUGUCAGAGAUGAGCCCACCCCCACCCUUCCCUGGGGGCGAUUAGCUGCUGAGUCACCCACCCAGCCUUGGAGCUGGAUGCCUGUGCAGCAGAACAGAGGCGACGGCGACGGUGGCAGGCAGGUGGAGGCUGUGCACAGCUUCUCCCGGUCAUGGCGCACACCUGUGCCCAGAUGCCAAUGCCUCCUAAGCCGGGAGCUGGGUUAUGCACCCCAUGGCCCACAUUAACGCUCCACCACAAGCCUGGCCUAGUCAGAGCCCUCAUUGCCCCAUCCCUGAGUGGGCAGGAGCCUGGCCUGGGGAGGGCUUGGGCCUGUGAGGAUUCUCCCUGAAGGUGCCCUCAGAGGCAGCAGGGUUGAGGCCCUGGGGGGCCCGUUCCCCAGAAGCUGCCAGUGCUUUCUGAUGCAUUGACUCUUCCCGCCUCUCCUCCCUCAGAAAGGUAGUGCCCACACUAUUUUUAAAAUGUUAUUUUAUGCAAUACACUGUUCCUAGUGAGCGGGGCUCUGGCCCUGAGGAGUCUUUGCAAUGUAUUGAAGGAAUUGCUGCCGUGUGAGUUUUGAAUGAUUUUGCAGUAAAGACCUGAUCUUUCUCAUCA